CACAGAAUAUAAAAAAAGUUGGCCAAAGUCUGUCUCAGCUCCAAUAGCUACCAGACACCCACAACAACCUCUCUCUCUUUUUAUCGCUCUCUCUCUCUCUCUCUCUCUCUCUCUCUCUCACACACACACACACACACACACACCACCCCUCACUCCUGGCACAGAGAAGACAGGACCACUGGAGAGACCAUACACACCUCCGCCUCCUCCUCCAGUCACUCACCCAGCCAUCGCCAGACGCUAAGCCCAAGGAUGUGGACUUUGCUCUUGGGGGUCACCUUAGGAUUACUGGCCUCUUCCAGGUCGGAACCGGCUCAAGUGAAAUCUCGUAGCUGCAGCCAUGCCGGAGUGUUCCACGUGGAAGGACCCGAUCGCUACUCAUUGACCUUGGACCUGGCCAAGAAGCUGUGUGAGAGCCUGGGAAUCACCAUUGCCAGCAGGGAACAGGUCAUCGAGGCUCAUGCCCAUGGCCUAGAGACCUGCAGAUAUGGUUGGAUCAGCAACGGAAGCACCACCAUCCUCAGACAAAAGGCUCAUGUUAACUGUGCCAACAACACGACUGGGGUCUUCUUCCAUCAAGUCUCUCCGGAAAAACCCUUUGAUGCCUUCUGUUUCAAUGCAUCAGAGUUGGCUGACAAGAACUGUGAUGCGGCCAUCAACCCUGAUUCAACAGGACCAGAGAGUGUUCAGGUGACAGAUGCUGCAGAUGAGGCCACAGGCCCUGAGGAUGGAGCCCAGCCGGAGACCACCAUCAACUCCGAGCCUGACACCCAGGACACCACCUCCGCCCCUGGAGAAAAGGGAGCAGAGAGCACCACUGAGGUAAUGGAAACAUUGAACACAGACCAGCCUGCACCCACUGAGGCCAGCCAAGUAAAGUCAACAGCAUGGGCUGAGGGUUAUGCUUCAGAGGGGGCAGCCACCGAAAGCCUUGGCAUAGGAAUGACGGUUGAGGGGAAUGGGACCCAGAAAGCCAGCCCCACUGAGCACCCUGGGGUGGUGGUCACUGAGAUGGAAGAAACCACUGUGUCUGGAAUGUUGCCUUCUGGCACAGAUGAGGAGGGGGCCUCUUCUAUGGAACCAUCUGUUAAAGAGCCAGGAGAACCACAGGGCCGGGCCAGAGAGGAGGAUUUACAGGAGAAGGAGGUGGAGGUAGGAGCCUCCACGCAGCCCAUUCCUAAUGGGAAGAUGAAUCCAGGUAUGGGAGCAGACCCUACUCCAGCUGGGCAGGAGAUCAGUAGCACACCCAAUUGGCUGAUCAUUGUGGGAGUGCUUGUGGCACUGGUUGCUAUUCUCCUAACGUGUUUUGUUGUGGUCAAGUAUAAGAGCUGGUGCGGUCAGCAGCAGACCCUGAUGAUCAGCAACAAGGAUGGGAAUGAGGGUAACGGUGCGGCGGCGUCAGUGGCUAGCUCCCGCGCCCAGGAGAGAGAGCAGGAGAUGGUGACCCUGAUGAAUAAAGAGAAGAUCCAGGAAAACGGAAACAAGGAGGAGUUCACCGCCAUCACACUGGAGGAGUCUCCAGAGAAAGAACAGCUAGCGUGAGAGAGUAGAGGAGACAGGGAGACAGAGAGUGUGUGUGUGAGUGAGUGAGUGAGUGAGUGAGUGAGUGAGUGAGUGAGUGAGUGAGAGAGAGAGAGAGAGAGAGAGAGAGAGAGAGAGAGAGAGAGAGAGAGAGAGAGAGAGAGAGAGAGAGAGAGAAUAAUAGCUAUGGGGGUCAUGACACUGGGGCAGGACUAGAGAGAGGCUGGGUGGGAUGGAGACGGACACUUUGGCCUGGUACUAACCAGACGGACAUGCUGAACAUACCAGCUGGGGUUGGGGUUGGUGCUUUUAAAUGGAAGUGGUGGGUAAUGCUGUAUUGAUUCUGUUUGUUGUUUUAUUCUGGUGAGUAUGGCUGGUUUGCCCCACCUACUUUUUACUAAGGUACAACAUCUGGACCGACCCUUUCCCUGUCUGUCAGAUGAGCUAGAUAGUCCCUUAAAACCAAGAGGAGCAAAAUUAUGCUUUAUAGCUUCCUAUAUCACGGUGGUUAGAAUGGGAUUAUUUUCAACAGCAGGGGUGUCAACCCAGGCUUCUAGAAAGACACAGAGAUGCACACCUGUUGAUUUUCACCCCUGCCUUUCAAUCAGGGUCUAAUCUAAAUCUGAGAAAAUCAUACUGGCUUCUCUAGCCAACAGGUAACAUUAAUAAAACAUUUGAGUGCCAGGUUGAAAUGUUGAACCCUGCAGACCCUGGAUAACUGGAGGUUGACAAUGACAACCCUGAUCUAAAGCCUGAUGUAUGUUUUGCUCUAAGUGGAGAUGUUGAAGGUGUGUGUGUGUGUGUGUGUGUGUGUGUGUGUGUGUGUGUGUGUGUGUGUGUGUGUGUGUGUGUGUGUGUGUGUGUGUGUGUGUGUGUGUGUGUGUGUGUGUGUGUGUGUGUUUGUGGGGCGAGAUAAAGUGGGUUCAUAAAGUCAGAGGGAUAUGGGUGUGAGUUUUAAAGGUGGGGGAUGGGGGAGCUUGGAUGCCCUCCAAGUUCAAUAGGGGAUUCAGGUUUGAAGGACAUUGUUGAUACUGUGUCACUCAAAGCUUUUGAGGCAUUGGGUUGGAAAAUAGACACACACACUCACAGAAAUGUGAAAACUAAACAGACAUGGGUGGAUAAUUUGGCUCGAUGUUCAUAGGAUUCAUAUUGUUUCUGAUGAUGGAUAAUUGUGAGAUGUUGUAGCCCACUGAUGUCGUUUCUUUUGAUAUUAACCUUGUGUAUAUUUCACUUGUUUCCUGUGGAUUGCGGUUUUAUUUUGUUUUUACAAGAAAACACAAUAUUACUAUUUAAAUUUGUGCAGUUUGGAUAUUAUUAUUAUUUUUUGCUUCUGUAAAUAAUGUAUGCGUGUUUUCCAAAUGGCUUAGAAAUAGUGGUCAAUCAUCGUUUUGGCACAUGCCCUUUAAUGAUUAAAGAAAAGCUGCCAUAUUUGAGUUAUUUAAUCAAAUGCAGAAUUUAAGGAGGUGUUCAGUUGUGAUAGAGCAUUUACAGUAGAGUGGCUAUUGUAUGAAUCAACUUCAUGUACAGUAUUCAAGACUGUGCAUUUUAAAUACCUUUAUUAUGAUGUCAAUUAACAUGGUCUGUAUACAUGAUUAAGUCAUGUUGGAUAGCACACAUGAUUGUAUAGAACAUUUGGAUGUUGGGGUUCACAUGAAUUGUACCAUAUAAUUCAUUUCAUACUAUAUUGACAGAAGCGUGCAGUCUACAAUGACCUAGCAUUGUGUAGUAAUGCAUUAAACUGUGAUGAAUAUCAUCCAAUGGCACCUAACAGAUAGAGCCCUAGGAGUGCUGGAACACCUGCCCUUUUGCCCUCCUAUGAAAAAUGUGUCCUUUUGGUUGGUGGUGUUUUUAAAAACGAGUUUAUUUUUCUCACUUGUAACUUUAAAUGCAAUGAAUUUCGUAUAAAAGUAGAUCAUUUCUCAUGAACUCGUUAAUCUUGAAAAAAAGUCCUCUGCCACCUCUGCCAGUGCGUUGCUGCGCUUGUCCUCGUCACAUGCACAAGCUUCCAACCUCUUAUAAUAUUAUAUUACAAUAUGUAAUAUGCAUAAACAUUUGCAGUGUACAAACUUAUUAACAUGAUUAACAGGAAUUACAUGUAUGCUAAAUGGUGGCCCAAAAUAUCUAUCUGAAAGCCACGCUUCCAAUAAGCCAUGCCUCCAAUCUGAUAGGUUGCCACUUCCACAAUAUAUUAUUCAAAAGGUUCAUAAUUGAACCCCCCCCCCCCAUCAUAAAAAGGUUCUGGCUUGAACCUUUAACACAAGAGUUCCUUGAAGACCCCUUUCAACUGGAAAGGUUCCGCUGGUGUGGCAACCCCAAUGGUUCUUCCAGGCACCUUUACUUCUAAGAGAGUACAUUAGCGAUGAUCAGCUGAUAUAGACUACCCACCACAGGAGUGAUUCUAGGCACGUAAAGUAGUAGUGAUUCUUUCUAACUCCCUUUCUGUUUUUUUUUUUGUAAAAUGAAAAAAACGUUUAGUCUGGCUACAGGAGCAGUAGAAAUGUAUGAAUGGAAUUAAGGUAGAUUUUUUAUUUGACUUUGAACACCUGCUCCAUCAAAGGUCUGUGGAUUGCUCAGGCAUCCAAUAACAAUUGCCAACAUAACAACCAAUCUACAACCCUGAGGAGUGACUGCCUCCCUCACUGACUAAACUAUUACAAAUGACCAGGACACACAGAUAUUACAGAAAUGGCAGUACAGUAGAACUCCAAGAACAGCUCUGGAUUGUAAUGCUCUGGGUUCCUUUGUAACAAAGGAGCGGAGGCCAUCUUGUUUCUGUGGCUUUCCCUUUUAUGUGCACCAGAUGGAGGGAUCAAAUCAAAUGAAAUGUUAUUCGUCACAUGAUUUGUAAACCACAAGUGUAUAUGAACAGUGAAAUUAUUACUUACGGGCCCUUCCCAACAAAGCAGUGAAGAAAUAUUAGAAAUAAUAGAAAAAUAGAAAAAUAAUAACAUAAAUGCACAAUUAGUAAAAAUAACUUGUAUGAUUGUAUGUGGGAUGGAGGGUAAUGAAUGCAUGUGUCUCCAUACUGAUCCAGUUCCCAAAGUGCCCAUUGCUCCACACAUCUGAGUGAUUACAUAUUCAUCUUCAUGCUGAAUUUUUCUUUCGUAGGCAAAUCCCUUCUAUGUGUGGUUUUGUGUGGGUAUUGUGACAGUACAUUUGUCAUGCCUUUUCAGUAAUAGGCAACCGAUUUGAAUCACUCUUUGUGUCCCAAGAUUUUUGAGGGCUUUUUGCCUCCAUUUUUGUUGUUUUAUUUUGUUGCUUUCAUGCGAUUCACUUUGAGAAAAAUGUGCAAAUCAUUUAGUGUAGGAGUGUAUAAUGAUGAAUUAACAAAACUUUGUUAAUGAUAAAGAUUUGUAAAGUCAUGGAUGAAAUAAAUGUGUAUAGAGGAAAUUA